AUGCACAGUGAAGCAGAGGACGUCAGUAUCGUACUACAGGCGAAGCUGGACAGCAGUCAUGACCGGCUGGACAGAGACUUGGAUGGCCUGGUGCACGGCGUCGCGCGUCGAUCGUCGCCGGCUUUGGGGAUAGCUGGUGCAUCUCUGGGAUCGACGAUUCAAGCCUAG